AUGAUGCAUCGCAGUCUAUUACGAUCAGGAAACGUCUUCACUAAGCGCAUGACGCCGCGUUCGUCAUCGGGUGUACGCCAUUUCCGCAAAAGUUCCCCCAUUAAGUAUACGGAGAAUAAGGAAGCUACAGGUCUGGCAGGCAUUGUAGAAGCCGACAACCACGUACUAUCAGUUAAGGUGCUGCACUGGACAAACAUAAGCCUAUUGGCUGCCGUACCACUUGCUUUUGUCUUAAGCCCAUCGCCGCUGGUGAUGCCUGUAGACCUGGCAAUUGGCGUCAUCUUGCCAGUACACGCCCAUAUCGGCAUGAACAAUGUCAUCUCAGACUAUGUGCCCAAGAACGUACGUACGCUGGCGCGUCUUGGCUGGCUGGGUGCCACAUCGCUCAUGUUCCUGGGGUUGCUGCGCGUCAAUCUGGAGGGCCCGGGCAUAACGGAAGUGGUCAAGACCAUUUGGCGGGAAUCGCCUAACAAGGAGAAGCUUGAGGCGUAA